GCUGUGGGGGUAUAAAUUGCAGGGCUGCGGAGGAGUUGAGUAUUACGACCAGCUAUUAGCAGCAGCAACCAAAAGGAAUCAAUUAAACUGAACCCUAUUUACUUUGAAGAAGAGAUGGAACGUGCAGUGCUUGCCCUCCUCUGCCUGUCGGCCGCUUUCUGCUUCGCCAGUGCCCAGGACCUGCCGCGAUGCCCAGACGAUUGGCUGACCUUCUACGCCAAGUACCAACGUGGAAAUUACGCUGAACAGUCACAGCCACUGCUGGUUGAUCAGCGGUGCACCUACGAAGUCACGUUAUCCUUCGGACCAUUUGUUGUCACGCCCACCAUCUCCAUCUGCAAGGCCGGCACAGUUUCCCGCUUCGUCGCUCCAUCGCCACUUGGCGGGGUUUACAUUUGUGAAACCUUGAGACCCGCUGUCGAUCAGCCUGAGCUUGCUCCUUUGGUUGUGCCCCUGAAUGCCGACCUUGGUGGCAGCGCACUCGGGCCAGCCGUCUCCGAGGCCACGGAGCCACCCACCCGUCCAGCUAGCGUCACCCCUACUGAGCAAGCGGAGAGACCCACCACUGAGGGUGAAUUCUCCGAGUGCCCGUCCGAUGGAGCCUACAGCCGGAACAACUACAUCUACUCAUCAUUGUAAGUCCCCAGUUCAACAUUCACUCUACAUUACUUCAGCAAAAAAUUGUAGCCAUUAGCUACCAUUGCUCAAAACUAGUCUUUUCGGUGAGCCACCCGCUCCAAGACAAAACUACAUCCCAAUCAUAUCAACUCAGAGUAUAGCUACUAGGCAUAUAUAAUUGACUGUUGUUUCUUUCACCCACAGAGGUCUAACUGUAAAGGUGGAUUGCUUCAUCAGAACCAGAGUACAGGGAUCUGCUAGCCAGCAGAAGACAUCAGUGUGGGAAUGUAAGGAGGGAUACAAGAGGGAAUUUGUCAGAAGGAACCAGUUCAGAUGUGUGCAGCAGUAAAUCUCCAUCACUGACAUCAUCACAGGCAUAAUCAUCAAUCACUCCCUUUAUUCAUCUCAUAUCAUCUCAUAAUUUGUUGUUCAUAAUAAUUUGUGAUUUUAUUACUAAACUCAAUACAACAAACUAAAAUGGUGAAUACUGGGAUAUAUAGCUUCUAUCCCUCAUUAUCCUCUAAAGAGUGCAUGCUGCUUUCACAAUAUUGUCUAAACAAAGUGUGAGGCGACAAGCCAACCAUGUUUAAUUGUUUGGCGAUCGUUGUACACCGGUGGAAGAAAAGGAAAAUUUCAUCAUA